AUGUCCCAGUCAUAUCGAAAAAAAUGCUCCGAGAGCUCGACGAGUAGUCGGGACUCCCGCAGGAGUAGUGAGUCCUGCGACUCGUUCGAGACGUAUGAGUCGCAAAGCACGACACCUACCUCCUACUACGCAAGCACCGAGGCAUCCGCAUCCGUUAAGGAGGCCAGGACCCUCUCCCAUAAAUUCCAGCCCGUCUACGAGGAAGACAUAUCCCCUUCCACGAGUAACUGCCUACGGUCAUCUGUCGACACGUUCGACUCUACCUUGGCCUCCGACGACGAGGACGACGACGAGGACAAUCUCGAGCUGAAGCGCGACUACGAGAUGGACGGCUUUGACAAGCACCAAGAGAUCCCGCCUCUACCCGCCUACUGUCGCGAUAUCGUCGACACCGACGUCCGGCCCUCCACCCCCCAGGACUUUGCCAAGCUGUUCCCCUCCAUGAACAGGCUAUCCAUCUGCCACGACGACCUCACCCCCGACGGUAACAUGAACCUGAGGGUCGACACCGUCGCACCCGGACGCCGCCCCUACAACAUCCAGCUGUUCCACCUGCGCAUGUACGACCUUGGCAAGCGCGAGUUCUCCCUCCGGAGGUACUGCCGCGAUUCGGGGCGCGAGGUCUGCAACUCCAAGCGCAAGUAUCUCGAGGAGACGGUCGAGGAACGCCCGACGCUUCAACGAUCGGUCUCGAGCGCCAUCAAGACCCUCUCCAUGAGGAAGCCGCUCCCGCGCACAAACUCGGGCGGCCCCGUCCUCGGCGGCAAGGGCAAGGAUGUGCCUGUGCCCCGGCCGCAAUCCAGCGCAUCUUCGUCCCGCAACAGUGCCGACGAGCCCUCGGGCUUCUUCCGGCGGUCUGCCUCCUUUGAGCCCAAGCCCAAGGCCCGGCCCGUGCCCAGCAACGCCAUGAAGCUUGAGUUUUCCAACUACGCGCGCGUCGAUGUCGAGCGCCGCGGCAGCUCUCACAACAAGCGCUACGAGUUCCAGUGGUGGGGUCACAAAUACCAGUGGAAGCGCGUGAUCGACAAGAACCUUGGCGUUGUCUCCUUCCACCUCGUCAAGGACGGCAACACCAACGCCAGCGACGCCGUCGCCCACAUCGUCCCCGAAACGCGCUCGCCCAACCAAGUCGUCGAGGACGAGAGCGCCGGCGGCUGGGUGCCCCCCUGCCACAUGUGGAUCAGCGACCGCAGCGUCCUCGACGCCGUCACCGACGUUGCCGACGUUAUCGUCGCCACAGGCCUCAUGGCUCUCGUCGACGACUGCAUCAAGCACCGCUGGCAGACCAAAAAGAUACAUCGGAUCCCCGUGCCUCUGACGUCACGGACGGUCGAUGUCGAGUACGUCGGGCCCCGGGCCUUUGUACAACACCUUUUCCAGCGCCGCGCCUCGGACCAGAUAUCGAGUCCUUUGCGACAACGUCCAAUUCCAACCUACUGA